GGAACAUUCCCAGCAGGAGGAAAGUGUACGCCAGGCACUCAGUCAAGAGGAUUGGCGGAAUGUCUGCAAAAAAGGAAAAAAAGCUGUCGUCUAAGCUCCGCCCAUUUGUUCGCCCCUCCCAGUUAUUUUAUUAAAUGCUUCAAACACUCAUUCUUCAUAGUUUUUGUGAUCAUUCUCGCUUAUAAACAAUAUAAUCUUAUCUAUCCCACCUUCUUAUCUAUCCCUUAUCACCACACCAGUUUUCUAGCUUCGCAGCAAAUUCAAUUCUCUCACACUGUCAGUUUGAUAAAAUUCGCCAAAGUGAAUAAUGUCUAAAGCACUCUUUAUCGUGUUAUCAGCCUUUGUGUCCCUCAAUUUUGUGCAUUGUGACGAAAUUUGCCUUGAUGAUGCAGAAAAACAAGAAGUGUGCAAAUUCCCAGUUGAAACCAUUACCAAAGAAGACAUGAAUCUCUUGAAAGUGGAAUUCCAAGAGGCAUUUUGUCGGUAUGGUUCGGUUUUCAGAAGCGUAAUAGUAGAGAAGAAAAGUCGAGUUAGAGCUUUUGAAGAACUUUACUGGGAUUCGUUAAAUUGUCAUGAUUUCCUGGACAAUUUUUCCACUCAGUUAUAUUGGAUGCCAGGCAGUAAGGCUGUGAAUUAUUUGAAUGUAUUUGACGGUGGAAAAUCUUCUGGCAUUGUCAUCAAGAGGAAUAUCGGAAAAUCUGGAAUAUUGAGUCAAAUAAGAGCAGAUUCGGCUUACAAACUGAAACAAUACGUUCGGGACAAUGUUGAUGAAGUUUACAUGUUGAUCAUAAAUCAACCUGACAUCUACACUUUAGAGAAUGUUGAGAAAGCCAACGAAAGGAAGAGACCAGUGGAAAUCAUCGAUUUGGGCACAUUUUCCAUCUUCAAUCCAACGGAGGAUUUCCAGGAAAUCAAUCUUCAUGUAAAUCUCACUGAUAAUGUCUUUAUCAAGCUAGAGAAUUACUAUUUCUUCCAAGAAAGUGCGAUCAGACUUCAAGAGGGUGACUACAAUUGGACAGAAAGAGGAUCUUAUGGAAGUACCUUGGAAAGGACAAGAACUAUGAAACUAACUCUAAGUUCCCCCCUUCCGCCAAGGACAUCAGCGUCAGGAAGGAUUUUCGCCACAGUAACUCUGACGAAGACUCCUUUUACAGCCAAUGUGAGAAUCAAUUAUGAGAAUUCAUCCACAGUCAUUUAUGGAGACUUUAAGAAGUAUGAGAAGAUAAAUCUUCGAGUAGAGAACCUCAAGCUGAGCACAAGUGAGCGACAAAUCCUCUUUGCCAGCUACUUAGCCUGCCUGGUUGGCUUAGGAGUGACUCUAAUCAUCGGCAUAUCCAUCUUCCUGAUUUGCCUCGUGGCUCAGAAGAAGAACAAGGAGUGCAUCUGCCCAACCUGCCCAACAGUCAAUCUGCAGCUGAAUCUGGCCAAAAAGAGGGCUUUUCUGGCAGACAAGGGCAGGAAAUGCGGAGCAGUUUUCUGCCAAGUUGGCAGGAUUUGUGGCUCUCUCUGUAAUUGCAUCUACAAAGAGAUCUUUUAAUGGGUUAAAAUAUUCCCCGACGAGUUGUGUGAACUCUGAGAAAGUUAAUUACCCAGUCACGCACUCGACGCAUUGAUUUUCACGCAAGUAUAUUCAAGGAGUGUUGUUUUGUGCUUUGACCCCCAAAAAAAGGGAUACGCAAUAAAUUGAUUUGCAUAUGACGAAAAUGAAUCAUUUAUCACAUUCGGCAUGAAAGAAAGCUUUUAUGACGGUCUAAAGUAGUCUUUAAGGUGUUUAAUAAAAAACAUGAAAAGUGA